AUGGCUUCCCAAACAUAUACUUAUGCGGUUCCAGAAAUAGUGCCACCGUCCUCUUCCUCCCCUCCUCGUCGUUGGUGGUCACGACCAAUAGCGACUUAUCCGGCAUCUAAUGAUCGUGAACCAACUUGCACGGAGUGGUGGGCUUCCGCUUCACCAUGCUGCGGCGGCUUACUCACCGUCAUCGCCGUCUUCUGCAUCUUCUCAUACGUCAUCGACCAAUCUCUCCCCCACGCCAAAUUCUCCAUCCAAUCCAUGAACGUCUCUCCCUCCUCCUCCGUCGCCACGUGGCACGUCGACUUCCUCGUGAAAAACCCAACCUCGAGAUACUCUAUACACUUCGACGGCGAUGACGCUUCCGUGAGCCUGGGUACUCUAAACGCCGCCGUUUUAAACGUCUCUCAUAUACGUGAGUCUAGAGAUGUCACGGCUUUGUCCUUGGCUUUUGUUGCGGAGGAUGGUGAUCGAAACGACACCGUUUCUAAAGAGCUUGACUUCAAACUUAGUGGGAAGCAUAAGCUUUACACAGAUGUUGAUGAAGCUGGACAUUUUGUUAUAAGAUGUCAAAAUCUCACACGAAGCCAAGAGAACAAUAUUGACGAGAUUGUAUGCCAAUCUUCUUUUACACCUUUGGUGGAGAUUUACUAA